CCCUGCGCUCCUCUCACCAGCUCCACCCGCCUCAGCCCCAGGCACCACCAUGACCGGCUCCUGCUGCGCCCAGCCCUGCUGCCAGCGCGACCCCUGCUGCUGCCGCCCCGUGUCCUGCCAGACCACCGUGUGCCGCCCCGUGACCUGCGCGCCCCGCUACACGCGCUCCAUCUGCGAGCCCUGCCGCCGCCCUGUCUGCUGCGACCCGUGCAGCCUGCAGGAGGGCUGCUGCCGCCCCAUCACCUGCUGCCCCUCGUCCUGCCAGGCCGUGGUCUGCCGCCCGUGCUGCUGGGCCACCCCGUGCUGCCGGCCGGUGUCGGUGCGGUCCCCAUGCUGCCGCCCGCCCUGCUGCCAGCCCGCCCCCUGCCGCACCGUCUGCAGGACCUUCCCCUCUUGCUAAGAAAACCCCC